AUGCCUCCGUCGACCAACUCGACCUCCUCAGCGAAAGACGCCUCUCCUUCGCCCGAAUCGACCAAGCGCUCGGCAAAGACAACUGCAGGUGCUCCCGCGCGGUCGAAGAAGCGGGCGCGGCUGACAGUCGGCGAUGACGAGACCGCCCAGGUCACUUCUCUCGAGAAUCGGUACCGUCUGCCCCUCGCAGACGCCGAGGCCUUCUACGUGCCCGACUUUGUCGACGAGGCGACUGCUCAAGAGUGGCACGACGAGCUGCUGAAGCUGGAGGAGUGGUACCGCCCUACGCUCAAAGUUUACGGCAAGAAUGUCACGCAGUCCCGCAAGAUCGCGGCCUUCUCCACGGACCCCGAGCUGGAAGUCAAGUACUCUGGUCACCCCGUCGACAUGCACCAAGACUACCCGCCGCUCCUGCGCAAGAUCCAGGACAUGGUGGAGGAAAAGCUGGGCGUCAAGUUCAAUCAUGCCUUCCUCAACCUCUACGAGGACGGCAAGAUCUACAUCGGCAACCACCGCGACAACCGAGAGAAUAGGGUCAUCGCCUCGCUCUCGCUGGGCGCACCUCGCACCUUUGUCCUCACGCACGACUCGCCUCCGCCUAAGACUGCUGAGCGAGCAUCGGACGACAAAUCAGCAAGCUCGCCACCGGCCACUACUUCCCUGCUUUAUUCGCAUCGCCUUACCCUCGCACCCGGCUCGCUUGUGAUCAUGCAAGGCGCGACUCAGCAGCGGUGGAAGCAUGCGAUACCGAAGGAGCCGAAGGUCAAGGACAGCAGAAUCAGCAUCACCUUUCGCCAACUGGUCUUCUGA